CCACGAUUGCACAACGCACUUAAGUGGGUGCAUCGAUUAAGUGCGUAUGGCAAUUGCCACGAGGCAGUCACAAGUGGACACGUCCAGGAUGUUGCCCCGAACCAGUGGCGGUCGCCGCCCCCAUGGCCUCGCUGCGGGCGGCGCGAACAGCGUGACCAAGCUCAUUGCGAUCUGCGUCGCCUCAGUCAUGGUCGUCUACUUCAUCUGGAUGCAGCGUGCGCUGUCACCCGCGACGCCAGCGAGCUUGCACGAGGCCGCUGCGCUCGACGAGGUGGUCCCGACCGUCCACGCCACGCGCCAAACGCGCAAAUGGACGCGCAAGCCCGGUCGCCGCUACGUCUGGAUCGACAUGAGCAUUGAUGGCAAGAAGGCGGGGCGCAUCACGGCCGAGCUCUACAUGGACAUUGUGCCCAAGACGGCCGAGAACUUUCGCGGUCUCGUCACCGGCGACAACGCGCGGGGCUUUAGCUACAAGGGCUCGCGCUGCCAUCGGAUUUUAGCCAACUUUGUCGUGCAGUGCGGCGACUGGGAACGUGGCAACGGCACGGGCGGCAAGAGCAUCUACGGCGGCGACUUUGAGGACGAGAAGGCGGGCUUGGCGCUCGAACACAGCAAGCGCUACGUGCUGCAGAUGGCCAACGCCGGACCGAACACGAACGGCGCGCAGUUUUGCUUUAUGCUGGCGCCACAGCCGCACCUCAACGGCCACCACGUCGUCUUUGGCGAAGUCGUCGACGGCUUUGAGGUCGUCGACGCCAUGGAAGCCGCGGGCGUCGCCUCCGACAGCGACAAGCUCGCGCGCGACGUGGUGCUGGCCGACGGCGGCGAACUCUUCCACUAGGCAACUCCCCAUUGCUUUUUGCAGCAUCUCAUUUCAGGCUGUAACCUCAGCGACUACGUAUUCCAUGAGAUGCAUGUUUGUCAGUGA